CAGCAGCCCACAGACCUAACUUGACUUGUGUCUGGACAUAAGGUUCUAACAGUCAGCCGUGGACCUGAACUAAAUCUUCUACUUUUGGUCAAAGGGAUACAGCAUGUCCGAAAUGCUUGACGAUAUCAUCACAAAGAACUUCAUGAAUCUGGCCCUGGAAGAAGCCUUGCUCCCUAAACAGUCUCACCUCAAAGGCCCGGGGCAGAGUCGGCUGGACAGGUCAGCCUCCUUCUUCUCCUCCCCCACCCCUCCUUCCCCCUCGAGCCACAGCUUGAGCACCGACCAUGUCAACAACACCGACAACGGCAGCCCCUUCUGGUCAUCCAACAUCUGGAGCCAGGGCCCCGUCGCAAAAUCUAAACAGCUCCCCUUCAGACCCGACCGCUCCAUGAGCCUGACCGAGUCCAGCGGCAGCCUGCUCUCCUCCUUCGGACAGCUGAACCUGGAGGCCUUCCCCUCCGCCUCCACCGUGGCGCCGCCGCCCGGCUUCCCCCCCUCGUCGGCCCUGCCGGCCCUGGUGCCCCAGGUGGUGGCCCCCAAUCGUUACAAGACGGAGCUGUGCCGCGGCUUCCAGGAGACGGGCAGCUGCAAGUACGGCAGCAAGUGCCAGUUCGCCCACGGCGAGGCGGAGCUGCGCGGCCUGUUCCGCCACCCCAAGUACAAGACGGAGCCCUGCAGAACCUUCUACAACUUCGGCUACUGCCCCUACGGCUCACGCUGCCACUUCAUCCACGAGGACAAACUCAGCGGCAGCCCGUUGUCCACUGCCAAGUUCGCCAAUCAGCCGCAGCCAAUCCCCAACUCCGGCGGGGGUCAGAACCCUCGGCACCAGCUGCGCCAGAGCGUCAGCUUCGCCGGGUUCCUGGGCUCGUCGCGCUGCUCGCCCCCGGCCUCCUUCCUCUCGUCCUUCAUCGACCCCAACCUGAGCUUCAGCCGCGCCGCGUCCGUUUCCCCCCCUCCCGCUGACCUUCGCUCCCCAGUGUUCGGUGACUCCCUGCUGCGGGAAACGGCGGCGGCGUUCCAGUUUGGCAACCACCAGACCCGUGCCAGCACCGGGGACAUCCACAGUAUCCCUCUCAUGCUGGAGCCCAAAAACUCGCACUGCGUGUGCGGCCACGGGAAUAACUAUAACGGCAACAACGGCAGAGCCGCCAGCGUGGACGAGGGGCACCACCAGGACGCCGGCGCGCCCUUUCCUGGUCCCGGGGCCCAGAGGGGUUUCAUGAAGCCCGGUGCGCUGCAGCGUUUCUCCUCGGAGGACUCCCUGGAGGACAGCUACAGCAGCAGCAGCGGAGGCUCCAGUGGAACCGAGUCCCCGACAUUCGACGCAGCCACCAAGCGGCUCACUGUGUUCGAGCGCCUGUCCCUGUCCGACUAAGCGGGUCCAGAGAGACUGCUCAUCUGAGCUUCUCUUCAGAGCCAGAACUGUGCAGGACAAGUCAAGUUGACACAACAACACUUAAAGUUCUUAAUUUAUCCAUCUUGGAGAAAGAAAACUACAUACUGAGAUGAUUUAAGAAUCCAAAUGUUAUCAGACUCUAUUUUUAUACUUAGAAAUAUCGUGUAGCCUAUCAGACCUUUGUAUGCGGUCUUCCAUAAGAAAAUUAACUCUUUUGCAGGUGUUGCCAGUACCAGUUAAUAGCCUGGUAUGCCCUUACUGUUAAUCUGUAGAAAUCAAAAUGGCUAAUCUUUAGCGGUAAUCAUUCACUCGUGUGUCUUUAAGAUUCUCCCUGCCUCACAGGCCAUUUACUCUUGGUGCCAAAAAAAAAACAGUACGUUUGAUUCAGUAGCCUUAAUCAGUGAGACCGUGAGACCGCGUGUCAUUGAUGCCAUUUUUUUCUGUGAUAUGCACUUUACAGCUAAUCCAAAUGGGAGAAACUGUCAUGUCUCCCAGUAGCAUUCAACCAAAGCUUCAUACUUCCUUCUGCCCUGUGUAUGCGUGUGUUUGAAUGUGUGUUUGUACAUGUGCGUGUGUAAGUGUGUACGCGUAAACCACAUAAUUUUCCCGACACCUGGGGUGCGAGCAUGUAUAAGUGGCAAAAUACUUAAAGAUCAAAGUGUGUUAACAGAGAGGAAAAUGAUGGUCAGUGAGUUUAGAUAUGAAUCUGACACACUCUAAUUCUGUAAAAUAUUCUGUUAUCUUCGCUAGCUUGUAAUUGCACCCCCUCUUUUUAUUGUCCCCUGUUUCUUUGACAACCUGGUUCAGGGCCUUUAACACCGCAGUAUUCCUUUUGGUCAUUGGUUGCCAUGUGUUGUUUAACUUAAACUAAUAUAUUUAUUAUGAUAUUUAUUUGUGUUAAAAGAAAAACAAAUGUAUUUUGUACUUUAUUUAUGGAGAAAUAUUUCAAUGUCUGUGAAAUACCAAUGUGAGAAAAAGCAGUAAAAAGAGAUUCUUAUAUUUUUAAUUUCCUGAAAGGGACAAAAUUAAUUUCUGAAUAAAGAAAUGAUUUUAAGCAAC